AUGCCUUCUCGACACAAUGGACGCGUAGCCAAGCUGGUCACGGCCGUCAUGGCUCUCUUAUGGGCCUCAGCCGUUGCGCUCCCACAGAGCGACUCUCUCCGGACCUAUCCCGGGGAGAAGAUUGGCUGGAGGCCGUGCGGGCUGGCCAAGGGCCAUGAUCUCGAAUGCAGCGACAUUGACGUGCCCAUGGACCACUUCGAUGCGGGCAACUCGGGCGACAAGACGUUCACCCUGCCGUUGAUCCGGAUGCGCGGCCGCAACGCGACCCAAAACCUCGUGCUCAACCCAGGCGGGCCCGGCGAGAGCGGCAUGGCGUUCCUGUAUACCGACGGUGCUCAUCUCCGUGACGUGGUCGGCGACGGCUUCCACCUCUUAUCCUUUGACCCGCGAGGCGUCAACAAGUCGCGGCCGGCCGCCCGGUGCUAUCCCAACAAAGAGACGCGCAGGCGCAAGUUUAAGCUGUCGGACCCAGACGCCUUUAGCCGCAGCGAGGAACGCUACGCCUGGACGCAAAACUAUAUCCAGGGCUGCAUCGACAACAUGGGAGAGCACGGCAAGUACAUCAACACGCCCCAGACGGCCGCCGACAUGAACAGCAUCCUCGACGCCGUCGGCCAGCAGGACAUGGUCUUCUGGGGCUUCAGCUACGGCACUCUGCUGGGCCAGACGUACGCCGCCCUCUUCCCAGAGCGCUCCGGUCGCGUCGUGAUUGAUGGCGUCAGCGACUUCUUUGACUGGUACGAGUCGCCCAUCCUGCGGGGCGACUUUCUUGACACCAUGAAUGUCUUUGACGGCUUUUUCGAAGAGUGUGUCAAGGCCGGCGACCGUUGCGCUCUAGCACACCGGGCCCGGACCAAGGAGGAGCUGCGAAAGGUGGUGCUGGAGUUUUUGCGUCACCUGGAAGCACACCCUAUCCCCGUCUACGUCGACGCCGAAAGGCAGGGCGUCUUGACCUAUGCCACGGUGCUCCAGUCCGUUAUCUACUCGCAGCUCUACACGCCGGCCACUUGGCACGUGCUGGCGCGCCAUCUGUCGCAGGUCAUGGACGGUAAUGCGACCGAGACGUAUUUCCAGUAUGGUGAGGACAAGCCGGACCGCAUCGAUGAGAUCAACGACAUCAUCGACCUCAACGACGGCGCGUCGGGACCCGGGCACUGGCCCAAGGGGAGGCAGGGCCUGGUGGACUAUCUGACGCCGUGGUAUGACUCGACGCCCUUUUUCUUCCAGAUGAACCGGGAAUAUUACGCCAAGCAGCAGUGGGCGAUUCCGCGAACGCACGACUUCGUGCCGCCGCGGCGAGUGCGGAUGGUGCAUCCGAUGCUCAUCGUGUCGACGACGUACGACCCCAUCUGCCCGAUCGCGUCGGCCAAGGUAGCGCAGCAGGCGUUUGAGGACUCGCGCCUGAUUGAGAUCAAGGGCUACGGGCACUGCUCCCUGGCCCAGCCAUCGUUGUGCAUGGCCAGACACUUGCGGGCGUACCUCGAGCACGGGACCAUGCCGGACCACCACACCGUGUGCGACGGUGACCGGCCCUAUUUCCACCCGCACAAGAAGACAAGGUUGCCGCGACAUCUGGAGGGCGCGACCGAGGACGACAAGAUUCGCGCUGCUCAGCUGGCCAUGUCCGAGGUGGCGCGCUGGCGGCGGUCGUGA